AUGUCCGCGUACUCACUUUCUUUAUGGGUUGUGUUUCAACAAACUCUUAGUUUGGCGGUUGCUACAAGUCACAGUAUGGAAACAUUGAUGCAAAAGGUCCUGGAUGUGUACAGAGGAAACGGAAGCCUCAGCGAAGCAGAUGUUUCUAUGGUCAGCCAUAUCCUGUGCCCACUAUUACUCUUCUUCAUUUGGACGAUUUCCAUAUGUAUGAUGAUAUGUACCUGCCUGUACUGCAAUUGCGUAAAAUCGAAAGAGUUAAAAACCUACGACUCUAGUAGUUUUGAGCUGCAGGAGGUUCAUGUUUUGGAUCCAUCCGUCUACCACGUCAAAGACUGUGCCUGUUUGGGCUGCCUGCACCGGCAGCUGGCAAAUGAAAUUGAAAUUAAAAGUGAAAAAUAAUUAAGCUGCAACAAGU